UUGACAUUUCUCUCCCCACCCCCCUCGAGCCUCCACGAUUGAUGUUGUUGUUUUUGUUGACGUUCAGAACUGUUCCGAACUUAAACUUUGCCGCAAUAGUGACCCUUGUAAUAUAUUGCGCGUGCUUUGAUGAUGGGGGAUUAUGUCUCCUUCCUAUCUUUCGAUGGGCUUUUAUGAGAUCGGUCAUUAAACUUCAUCAGGAAUGCGGUUCAACAAGCAGGAGCUGGUGACUUUAGCAACCCAGCCAGCUCAUAAGUUUGACAAGGAAGGAGUAUUGUUAUUGCGUGAACGUCAGGAUGGCUUUUUCAGACGAGCAGAAAGAGCAGAGAAAGACUGCAAAAGAGUGAAAAGGGCUAAGAGCCUACGAGAUCUUAGUUGCUAUGGGAACAGCAGCAGUGGCAGCAGCAAGAGCAGCAAAGGUGCCAAGUAUAAAGUCAGUCUAGAACGCUGGUGUCGACUUCGAGGAAACCUCUUGUUUUAUUUCAAAACAUGUGAUCAGUGGUCAGAGCCAUUGGGAGUGCUUGUGCUUGAGCAGUGUGUUGUACACAUAGAUAGUCCUUCAUCUACUCCUCCAGAUGGUCCAUUUGGUUUCAGUCUAGUUUGGGAUGGUGGCCUGAGGCAACACUUGGCAGCCCGAACGGAUGGAGAACGGGCUUCAUGGCUCAAGGCUGUUGAAGCUGCAAGUUAUCGCAAUGUUCGUGCAAAUUUUAUAAGACUUCAAAAACUGCUUGAAACUCGAAGAGAUCAUAACCCUGAUUUAGAUGUUGCUAUGUGGAGAUUGAGGUGUGGUGUUAUAUUGGACCCAUGUGAACUACCUCUUUGUGAAGUGUCACUUGCUUGUGAUAACUUAUUAUGUGACGCUAACGGAAGGCCACCAAAUGCUGUUCUUCUAGUUCAUGUCUAUGUUCCAUCAGAUCGAGCUUGGGUGAGAUAUGCUAGAACAGAAGUUGUUGAGCGGAGCAGCAAUCCCAGUUUUCUUGUUACUGUAACUUUCCGAGCCUCUGAUGCUCUGGAUAAUGAAACAAGAGUUCGUGUCACAGCUUAUGAUGUUCGAGAAUCAGUAUCUCACACAGCUCUGCCUUUAGGGUGUGCUUUAAUUUCGUUGCGCUCUUUGAUUGGGAGCAACUCCAGUAUAGGAGCUGAAGUAGGAAAAUUACGAGUAGCCCUGCGCUCUCUAGCUGGCACCACUGUUGGUUUUGUUAGUAUGAGCGGAUACCGUCUGGAAAGAGAUGACCAUGUAGGCGGCUCAAGUGAAUCCACACCUUGUCGACAACCUCAGGUUCGAGGCCCAGCUUUAAUGCAUCGGAGAUCUCAUUCAUUACCUCCAAGGCUGGGGUGCCGGUUAAAGCUACCACCUCAUGUUCAUAUUAACCAGUUGUUUGCAAAUCCUUUCAUUCAAUCAUACCGUUUUCAUUCUGGGCUGUGUGGUGACAUUUUUGUGUCAGAACUUAUUGCAGAAAGCAAAUUAUGCUUUGCUUUUCCCUGUCAAUUAUUGGCUCUUUGGAUUCAAGAAGAAAAAGAGUUAUUACAGGAAGUUGCUGGAAUGGGAGAAUUGAGAGAGCCUUGGCACUCACGUCAACUUCAACUACUUGACAGGCACCUUCAGCUUCUGCAUCUCUACAGUCAGGCACAAGAGCAUUUAUUAGCUCAUAAAGGAGGAUUUUUGAAACCAUCUUCUCGUAAGCAAGAUAGAUCACUUGAAUUUGCCCCUAUCAAUUUGAAUUUGCAUAGAAUGUGGGCUCAGAGCGAUACUUUGGGUAAAGCAGGACUGUAUGAUAUUGUUACUGUUGGAGCUUUCACUGCUCACUCACAUCGAUCUAAAAAUGGAGGACUCUUAAAGCUUGUCCAGCAGCUGAAAGAAUCACCAGCAAAAGGUGGAUGCCAAGGAACCAGCAAAAUGAACAUGGCUCGAGAUGCUAUUCAGGCCAUUAAACAAUUAAGAAGAGAAGUUGUUGAAGGUAUGAGGGGACUUGUUAGAUUGGCAGCCAUGAAGCAAACGGUUGGCAUGCUGCCUAUAUGUGAGGACAUGAUUACAAAGACCCGUGCUCUUUUAAGUCUGUGGGAUUCUGGAUUAGUUGAAGAAGCUUUAGCUUUUGUUGAUGAAUAUAAAGUGAAUGCCCCACCUGGCCCACUAGAAGAUGAUGACUCUUUGGAAGAUAGUGGAUCUCAUGAUAACGGCUGUGCAGAAAGUGGUCAAAUGAGCCUUAGCAUGACAAGGUCCAUGCAACUGUCUCCCUUCCGACGCAUUACCCAACAACUUCACUUUGAGCUCAAGUCACCUGAUGUUGAUGUACUGGCUACUCCUGAUUCUCCCCGCUGCACCCGUAACUUCUGGGACUUAUCUCACUCCUCUCUGAAGAAUAAUGGAGGCUCAGAUGUUGUCAGUGAAAACCAAUUUGUAGCUUUCCCAGAUGCUGAGGAUGAUACUGAACAACAAAAAGAGGCUGACAUUGAUGUAGGCCGAGACCUAAACAAGAAAUCUUCUCAAAAAAGAGUUGAAAGUGCUGAAGAUCUACUCUCAAGAGAGACAGAUGAGGCAUUUGACCAACUGGAGAGUAAAUUAGGAGGAGAAUAUGUGGAUGGAAGUGCUGAUUGUCUUGAAAGUGUUGGGGAUGGCCUAGCUGGUAGUGCAGAUUGCCCAACCAGCAGGCGGUGGUUUUUGGAUACAAGAGCUAUGUGCUCAUCACCAUCUGCAAAUUAUUACAAGCCCACUGAGGAACCGGAGCCAUGGGACCUGACACAGUUAAAUAUUGAAGCGAGUGUUAUGUGUCUUGUAAGCAAGGUAAAAUUUCUUUGUGGGCGGUGCAGUUCCCCUGCAGUAAGGUUACGAUCAUCUGGAGUAGUUGCUCGGUCCCAAAGUCUGAGAGGUCAGAAUUCCAGUCAUUAUAAACAAGCCCAAGAAAAUAAAAACAUGGAACACACAGGUGAAUGUACUAAUGUACCAAAAGUACGCAACAAGUUUACUGAAGGUCUGGACCUUGGGACCAUGUCGGACUGGGUUUCUGAAUUAAGACCAUCUAUGAGGAAAUUAAGAGCUGCCAUGGAUGGGUUACUAAAAACAGCAAGACUAAUGCACUCAGCUUUUCGGACAAGGCAGGACCCUCGUGCUGCUCAAAAAGAAUGCAAUGUUCGAUACAGGAGGGAUGUUUGCUUUUCCCAGGCACUGACUGCUUUGGUGUCUGCAUUAAUGGCAAAGUUAUGGUGUCAAAGACCUGAUCCUUCUUUCUUGUUGGUUUUGGCAACUUUUGGGCCAAUAGCUGCAUUUGAAGGUUUACUCUCUUUACAUGGUCAUGAACUCGACAUGUGGGGUGAUAUGGUUGUUGCUGUUGAAGAUUUGAGCACAGUGACAUUUACUCUUGUUCAUUCAUCAUCCACAUCACCAUCAUCAUUGUCAUCAUCAUCCAACUCUCGCAAAAACAGGGGUCCUAAUUCAUCUGACAGGAUUGGCCCAACUUCAACUCCCUUACCGCGAGUUAUGGGUUCAAGAGCUGCUUUAACUGUGUUAUUACCUGUGCCAGAUGUAGUUCUCUCACAAUUGCCUCUUCUUGGAACCCCUCAAUAUGCCCAGCAGCAGUCAUCUCGUGCUCCUGUGUCUUUCAAAGUCACGCCGGUAUUUUUUAAUAUCGGCAUUAAUGAGCGAGCUACUUUUGCUGAGAGUUUAGGACAAACUGCUCCUCAGCAUCAGUCCAACUUGGACAACUAUAGCCGCCUUCAUGCCUACUUUUUGAGAUAUCGUAAAUUGAAGCAGUUGUCUGACAACCAGACACAAUCUCCAAGAAGAAGUAUUGGACUUAGUCAACGAGCUCUGAUGAUGCUGUUUGAUAAACUCCACACCGCUGUUCACAGUAAAGUGAGCAAAAAUGUCGAGGUUCUUCAACUAGCCUCUCGAAUAACAGUUGCCAUGCAGGGCUUGCGGUUUACAAGUUGUAAGAGUGCAAAGGAUCGAACUGGAAUGUCAGUGACAUUAGAACAAGUUAACACUUUAACUCAUGGUUAUGACUUGGCUGAAACUGAAGUUCAAAGAGCUCUUGAUUGUAUGAGGAGUGAAGGAUGUCGAAGAGAGAACACCUACAAGAACAUAGGAAUUCGUAAGUAUGCCUUCAGUCAAUUGGGAGUUAGCUCACUUCCUAAACAAUAUCGACCACCAGCUGGGACGUAUGGAUCUGGAGAGACCUGAUACACAUAUGGACAAUCUUUUAAUUUUGUUGUUGUCAUAUAUCUAUUUAUUUGUGCUUCUCAGAAGCUAAAUCAAAACUAAGUGUAACAUGACUACUCUUGGUAGAUAAUUCCAACGUACCAAUUUGUAGUAUUUACAGACUGUGAACAUGGGUUUCAUAAACUAAUGUGGUAAAAAUUGCAACCAGUACCAGUUGUAAUUAAUGAUUUAAUCUUGAAAGAAGGCCUGACAUAAAGUAAGCUUUUUAUCAUAGUACACCUGAAUUAACUUAUCUGUUAAUGGUCAAAAGAUUUAUCAUUGCAUAUUUGUGUAGUUUCAUGUUAUACAAGUAAGGGAUCAUAUUAAGAAAUGAUCUUUUGUACAAGACAUUGUUACUUAUUUUAUUAAUAUUCUACUGUGUUACAAUUUGUAUUUAAAGCUAGCUCAUGUUGUUUGUGAUGUAAAUUGAAAAGAUUUAUUCAUGUUGAUUUUAAUGUCUUUAGUUGUACAGUAAGCUCUUAAUAACAGUGCAUUCUUUCAUUGCUGCAAGCCAUACUAAACCAUGUUGAAAGAACUCCACAUCCCUUUGGGGUACUUUGGUUGACCAUUAAUUUAUUCCUGUUUGAAAUGUGUGUGCGUGCCAUCUUAAUUUUAAUAUUAUAUUUUUCUAAAUGUUUGACUGGGGACGCCAUAGUGGAGGCCUUUUCGUUCAGGACCGAUUCAAAUUGUAUUCCGAAACCUCAACAAGCUUCCUGUUCUUGUGGUGCCAUGUCCCUGACCGAUGCCAACUAUGUGCUCAGUACUAUAAAAUUCUGUUUUUUAGCAAAAUUUAGCAAAUUUUCCAACUCAAAGGGCUUCUUAAAGUUUUGGUCUCCUAACAAAUUCAUGACCUUCAACUUCUUAAUACAUCAUUUCUUGUAUUACUGUGAACUGUUUUAGAGUUUUAGAUUUGAGAACUAUUGAUUGCUGCCUAUAGAAAUCUAUUUAUUAGACAUGUUAAAAUUAUUUAUAUCUUGUUAUGCUAAUGUGAUAAAUGGACUGCAGGUCAUUAGGUUUUAUUGUUAAUUAAAAACACUUCAGCUGAGAAAAGCACAAAUGUACAGUUAAGAGAUGUCUAGAUUUGUCAGUUUGAAAGCAUUUGGCUUCUAUCCCAGUUGUCAGGAAAAGGUCAGGUCAACAGUUGUUGCAUCACUUUCUGGUUGAUUCGUGAUAGUGACAUAUCUUUUAAAAUUUUGAACCAUUCUUGUGACUUAGUACGGUGCAGUGCUUGUGAUUAUUCUGUGUGCCAAGUAAUACAUUCAGUAUUGAGUAA